AUGCCUCAGUUGCAGCAGGCAUUUCGAAUGGAGCGACACCUGCUGAGCCCCAACCAGCGAGCGGUGAUGUCCACUUGCGUCGACCCGGACAACUACCAGCCGAGGGGAGUCGGCAACAUUUUCGGUCGGUUCGAUGCCCUACAACAAGGUAACCGAGACGGAGCCAAAAAUGGAGUGCCAUUGGUGUCUGAGCGGCCGUGUCAAAAUAGUGCCGACGACACCUUCGCCAUGAAAAAGGUCCCUCGCGUUUUGCCGCAUUUUCACUUUGCAAAAUGGCGCCAACCAAAUCCAGCGAAGCCCACAGGGGGUCAACGCUCGUCCUCUCUUAGUCCCAAGCCCACUGAACCAGCGGCCCAGCUCUCUUACAGACCCCCGACACCUCUGGGGGGUUCCUCGGUGGCUCAUCGGGGCAUCCUCAAGGCCCAACGCCAAAACACCUACCAAUCAGAAGGCUUCGAUUCCCCCAGAGGAUCCUUCGUUGGGCGGUCAUUCUGGGACAGCUUUGAUCUGAAUAGCAGGCUAAAUGGAGACUCCAAUGACAGUUACGCUUCAACGGCGUCGUCAAACGCCUCCAACUUAGCCGAUUCUCUAUCUAGGAAAACUGUUCGAUUUGCAGAAGGGAAGCCAGCCAUGAUCAACGGUCACUCGUCAAUGAAUACCACGCAUCCACCAAGCGCUCCAUCUCGUUCGGCGAAUGCGCACACAAUCGCCCGCAGUAUUAACCCCUGUUCUCCUGGCAUCUACGAAUGGGAACCGGAUGAAAGCCGAGUCCCUUCUUCUCUGUCGGGUGGUCCAAAUAAACCCCCUAAGCCUCCCAAACUCUGCGUCUUCCAUCGUCCUGACCGUCGCCUUUUAACCGACAGCAUAAACUUGUGUGACAGUAACGUCCAGACGUACCACAACAGUCAAAACCCCAUUCAAAAAAGCAAUGGCAACAUGAAUGUUCCGUCCAAGUUGCCGAAAUCCCCUGAUAUCAGUGGAGAGGACUCCUACGCCAACGUAGAAGGCAUUUAUGUCAGAGGCAGACGACGACUUUCCGAUGGUCCCAUUCCGGCCAAAAUCGAUAGAGUUCGUCUUGACGCCUACAUGAAACCCAAUCUGAGUUCUGUACCCUCUGACACAAGCCCGAACUGUCCACCUCCAACAAAUCAGAUCUAUAGGACAGAGGUACGACACGACCCCUCUGUGGGUGGCACUUUUAUUGGACAGCAAAAAACCCUGUCUAGCCUUUUGCACAAACUGACGUACGAUGCCAAGAUUUCUUCUCCCGUGCGCCAGAUUACAAUCACUGAUGCGACAUCGGUCCCCGCCGCACCAGCCCGACUUCAGCCCGUGUCGAAUUCACCUCCACCUACGACAACGGCGUCUCCUAACAACUUCUCACACAAAGUUAAACCCAAGCCGUCUGCCAACAAUGAUGACGAUGAGUCGUCUCAGGUAACUCCAACGGGCGACGAUUCAGGGCGAAUUUCCUCCUUCCCUCCUCCCACAGCUUCACGUGUCGCCCCCACCAAAACGCCAUCGCCUCUAAUCGGCAUCAACAAGUCGACGAUGACCCCGAGGCUUUUUAACUUCCGGGAAGAGCAAUCAAACAGGUCGCAACCUUUAAGAGUUGACGUCUCGCAACUGCCCAUUCAAAAGCCCAUGCUCAUAGACGAUGACCCAACACCGCCCCUACGCGGACCUCCGUUCACGGACGGCCCACGUCGUCGAGGAAAAGUUGCUGGAGACAACCAACAAUUGGGAGUUAAAACAGGUAGCCUGGACCGCGAUGGCGUCUGGCGACCGAAUCGGUUAUCUGUGUCUGGCGGUCGUGCGCCUGAAAAUAAGGCAACCGCGAACCGACUCCACAACCCCAACUACCCUACUUUCAUUGACUGCGUGGAGGACGUUCUUCGGACAGAGAGGAGACUUCAGUUACCGCAAACCCCGAGCACCCUACCAACCGGAGGCCACCAGGUUCCUGUUUUUGUGGCACACUCCACCACAAGCGCUCCCAUCAACCACCGAGCCCUCUCCCCAAACACCACGAGCGCCCACCGAGGUGAGGUUGCUUUUUUUUCAAAACAGGCCCGCUCGCGAGUCAUUUUAUAG